GGCUCCCACUGCCGAUCAGAUCAACUCGAUCAAGCCCGAUCAAGCGAUCGGGUACUUGUCUGGGUAGGUCGGCAUGAUUGAUCGGGAGUGGUCGGGGAGGUCUACCUUGGUCGGCAUCGCUCGGGCUUUCUACCCGAAUUUUUUUGACAUGUCAAAAAAAUUCGUGUAGCGAUCGUGUAGCCAAGCGGUCGAGAAGAGCUCGGGAAGCGAUCGUGUAUUGAUCGAGUUGAAGAUCGAGUUAAUCGAGAAACAAUCUUGUAGCGAUCUUGUUUGGUCGGAUUGACAUCUUUUACCCGAUCUGUAACCGAUCUUCUCGACUUCUACUCGAGUAAUAUACGAUCGCAUCCCGAUUAAGUAGAUCUCUGUUCGAUCUCUUGUCCAGAUUAUCAAGACUGCUACCCGACUACUCCACGACCACACACGACCGCACACGAUCAAACCCCGAUCACUGUUCGACCAUACACGAGCUCACGUGACUAAAGCAAGAAAAGCGUGCUGACCAGUGUCUCAUAAGUUGUUUGGACGCUGAAGAUAUAACAUCUUUAGCAAACCAAUAUCUGUUAAAACAUCUUCAGCCAAGCCAUUUCUACUACAAACUAAAGAUGCCGAGAAAAGGCAAAAGGCCGAUAGGCAGUACAAUUGCGAGUAAAUGUGCAGUUGCUGCGCCUCAGCCUGAAAUCGUGGAACCCACCCAGGAAGAGAGUAAUGAGUCGCCUAUACCCCCUACUGACUCUUCUGCCGAGCAAACCAGAAAAGAGCAAGUAGAAGAACGUCCGACUUCUCCUGAGAUAGAGACUGAUAUCAGGCCCCGGAAGACACUACAUCGUACACUCACGCAAGAUGAAGAAGAUGACCUUGUAGCGUGGGUUAAGAGAGAACUCGUUCCUCUUCGACAAAUCAUCCGCAGGAUUCAAUUUGCGGAGAAGAGAAAGGAACUUGUCUUGGAGGAGACAGAGGAUGAUGACGCCGCCUCCGAUUCGUCAGCACCCUCUACAUCAGCAGUAUCUGGUUGCCGUCCCAAGCAGCGCGUGUACUGUCCUCAUUGA